UUUUCCUGCGCUCGUCGUUCCUCGAGGCCGUUCUGAGUCGCUGUGACUGUGGUCAAAAUACUGUUUCCUUCCGUGAACCGCUCUUGGUGGGGCCGUGUCCUUUUCCCCACUGCUUUUAUUAGGUUUUUCCGUGUUUUCGCGGAGUCGUCUGAGCUCGGCACUCGCUGCUUUCCAAAAUCUCGUUUCAACGUAUCGCGGCGCCGUCACCGCGCGCAAUCCACUGUGAUGCAUGAUUCUGUUUCUAAAAACUGCGCCUUUUAGCCGGCUCGUUUUUGCAUACGUUUGGACCAUAAAACCUCGUAUUGUUGAAGAAGAAUGCAAUUUGUGUCUGUGCUGAUCACCGUAUGAAAAUCGGCGUGUCUCGCCCCCUGCCGUGUGCGCGUCCGCUUUUUGCGACCCCGGUACACCCGUUUUUUGUGGUCAGCGAGGAACGCACUUUUGCUGUUAUUGUUCACUUUUCAGCGUAACACUGACCCCUUUCAUCGUGGCAGGAAACGAACUCUCAGCAAGAAUUUUCGAGCACUACUGCGUCGCAGCAGCCUAGUGGGGUGGACACGCAUGUGCAGGACGGACAGAAACUGCAAGCUUGUUCCGCAGGCUAAAACUCGCGGAAUCCAUCAAUUAAAAGGCAUUAAGUUGCUUCUAGGAUCGGCGAAUCUUCGUCACUGCUUCUUAUCUACACAAUGGUUCGGGGAGCAUACAGCCGAGGUGGCACCAGCCGCUACAACAGCAACACUGCGAGCCGCGGGACCGGUGUACGCAGCUGGGCGCGAGCCCGCGUUUACGGAAUGAAGAACAACUCUCGCCUUCCUGCGGGACGAGGCAGGGGUGGACCUUCUAGCAAUCUCGCUAUUAGCCGAGGAAGAUACACCAACUACCGCGGCGCCAGCUCCUACGGACGUGGUCGUGGUGGAUACACAAACAACCGCGGCUCUUCUAUGGCUGCUUACCGCAACAACAUGCCUCGCAACGGCGUUCAGAGCUACCGCGAAAGAUUGAGUCAGAGAGGCGGUCGAGGCGCCCGAGGCGGCGCCUUCGCCUCGCGGAGAGGAGGCCUCAGAGGCGGACGCGGCGGGGCGCGCGGCGGCUUCCGCGGCGGACGCGGGGGACGAGGAACUCGAGGCGGUCGCGGCGGACGAGGAGGUGCGCCGGUGAACAAAGAGUCUCUGGACGCCGAGCUCGACAAGUACAUGGGCGAUGACAACAUCAAGAAGCGCCUGGAUAACGACUUGGAAAACUAUUUUAGCCGCAGCGGCGGUGUCGGGGGUGCGCCGGCCCCUGGAUCUGGAGCCGCUGGUCCGGCCGGUGAUGACGCUUCGCGCGUUGCAGCAGGAGUCGUUGCCAACGGAACUGCGGCCGAUGCCGGCGUCGCUUCUACUGGAGUUGCCCCGAGAGGAGGCAUGGAUGUUUCUAUGGACAACAGUCUUUAGGCGGUGAGGGAUGACGGACACACGCCCAACAAGCAGAAUCAUGUUGUGCGCGGGGUCGUGCUUGCUAAGAGGCCCCAGUUCCAAGCGUAACUACAUAGGAGGCCAAGAGUCUCGGCUGAAACGAAUCGCAGAUAAUAUUGGUGUUUUCGGUCAGUAUGGUUGUCUUCUAAGAUUGCAUUUUGGCGCUCGAUGUUCUGGAUGCGACGGCAUGCAGAGAUGAAUCGUGCAAGCCUUGACGCGUGUGUGAGUUUGAAGAGACAUGCAUGCUGAUGUGUGUAGAAACUUGUUUAGCAGGGAAGUUGAACUUCAGAGAGGAGAAAGAUGCCGCUAUGAGAUGUCUGUCCUUGAGAAGGAUUUUGCUGCAUUGAGUUUUACGGGGUUCACACCACGAGACUGACGUCAAUUACGAGAGAAUACGAUGUUUGUAUUAAAAUAUGUGUUGGAUGGUGGAGGCAUUGACGGUCUAUGGAUGACGCCCGUGGUGAACUACGAUAUGUGGCGGCGCCGUAGGCGAGGCAUGCUGAUACAGGGACGGUCGCCAAGAGCUACGGAGGACCAGAAUCGACACAAACCUGUCUUGACGACGAGAAGGGAAUCGAGUACUGGAGCAGAAGAGACGGUGGAACGGUCAACGUAGAGGCUUGCGGUUCUGGUCUAAAGACGAAUUUCGUCGCUAAGGCGAAUUUUUGCGUGCUUCUCUCUUCGUUUAACGUUUUUGCAUUUCGAGCAUCCCUCAAACAUGUUCUGCCGCCCGGUGGCGGGUGUGGAAGACAUGCAUCUACUUUAGCGUCUGUAGUGACAUUCUCAGCAUAAACGCCUGUCGAAGCGAGGGAACCUUAAAGUUGAUUGGAUGCUUGUAUGCUAACCUGACACAAUUCUAAUCAAGAAGCUUCCUCUGACGUACAAUGGAGCCUUGCAGAAAUGUGGGCGUCGGAAUUCACACACUUGAGCAGGCUUCCGUCUCUUUUUGCCUGGCAGCAUGUGCAAUUUGCUGACACUGCGCAGCGUAGACGGUCAGGACAGCUUCCAGUGGCUGCGGUGCUCCUUUAGGUUUUUAUCUGUGGUUUACCUACCGUCUUCCCAGGGUGUCAGGGGUGAUCCGACACUAGACAGCAGCUUCCGCGGAAUGCAUUAUCUAUUCGAAUCGACUGCGGAGACGGUGUUGGUGUGUCACUUCCGAGACACGAAACCUAACGGCAUUUUCCUUCACACCACGGGACAUCCGCGCUGGCAAUAGAGGCGUCGGACCGUUGUUCCUUUACUGAUGUGCAGUGAGGUGGCCACCUGAACCGGGCAGAUUGUGUAUAGCCAUAAUAGUAUUAUCUCCAGUGUUGUGGACAAGCCGGACAGGCCGGCGGUGCAUGUUGAAUAUUCGUGCUCGGAUCAAAAACUACCAAGAAGAGAGGUCUGCUCGCUAACGGGGGCAAGUGGUGGAUGAGUAAACGCGGUGGGCGCGUGCUGGGCUCGAGCGUCGGUGAGUUUUUCUUCUCGUGAAUAACGCAGGUCGGCUGUAGAAGCACCGUGGUUGCCACGUGUCGUUCAAUCCACACAAGAACAGGAAUUUUACAUCCAGUCUAGAACAGGAAAUUUGAAGGGGGUGGUGCGAUGGUAGACUUAAUCGAAUGAGCUACAGAGGAGAGAUUGGAACAAACUGAAACGAGGAGAAACCGUACAGCACAAAAUCCUUCACUUUGGAAAGAUGCCAGAUAGUACACACGAAACCCUGCGGGCCACAAGAGUUCACUUAAAUACAAGGAAGUAGGAUGCCGCGUUAGUUCUUGGGAAAACGGUGUCCUAACCACCAAAAUAGAUGUGUGCAAAGAGAAGUUACCAUCUCCUCCGUACAAAUCCGGCAUUAAGGACUUGCAUGAAAACGAAGAACCUGUGCCACUGCAUUGCACGCACAAGGUUUCCGAACUUGCCGAUAGUUUUUCUUCGCCAAAUGCUCACUUGCGGUUCAUGCAUCGCGCGCAGCGCAUCGUGAAACAAGGUCAUGUUGAAUGGUAUCAUGUCACCAGGAAAAGCCCGCUUUUGGGACUGAUUCCUUCGCAGGGUUCCAAGUUGCCCUUUUCAGGAGACGGUUCCCUAGCAAGCCGUAGGUACGAGCCAGUCUUCUUGCUUGCUGAUGGUAUGGCCUCUCUCCAUGGAAAACAAGAUGUUUACCGAGUGUGCUGGGGUUGGAUGAUCAAAAACAGACAUUCGGUGGCGCGCGCAUCUGACGGGCAUACCGUACCGUUUAGCUUCUGCAGUUUCUCGGUCAAAGCGGCAAUUCCUCGC